AGAUAAUGCAGACAGUGUCAUUCCAUUGAAGUGAAGUGAAUCUGCCGGUUGAUACGACAUGUCGAGUUUGUUCCAAGACUUUGCCAAGAAGGCUACCAUCUCUGCCAGCGCAUGGAAAGACUCGCUGAAGCCCAACUUGAGCUCCUUGAAGCCCAACCUGGUGGCCUUCAAGGAGAAGUUCGGGGAGUUUGUUGCUGAUGUACAAGAAGAAUUAGGACGGGGCGAUGACUUACGAUACGAGUGGAACCGUCUGCAGACGUUCGUCGAUUGGCCCCUAGACAAGCCGAGGCCGGCAGAGCUUGCGAAGGCAGGAUUUUUCUUCGUUCCUGCAGCAGACGCUCCUGAUCGCUGCGCACACUUCUGCGCGGACAAGUUCUUCGCCUCCUGGGAGCCCGAAGAUGAUCCCUGGGAGGUCCUCUGCGCAAACUGCCCGGACUGUCCCUUCAUUCAUGGAGCGAGUGGCAACGUGCCCCUCCCCUCUGCGUACUCGAACUCAACGCAAGAAGGAGAGGAACCGCACAAGCGCAACGCCGUCGCGGAGUUGACAAGUUACCUAUCGAUGGCACUGGAGAGGGCUGCCAAAGUUCAGACGAGCAAGGGAGAAGACACUGCUGAGGAGGAGGAGGAGGAGGAGCGAAGAGACCGCGCAGCUGUACGUCAGUCGCCGAGGAGCAACCAGGCAGAGGAGACGCAGGGGAUGGAGGCAGGUAGCCUUCAAGUGAAGAGCAAGGUGAGGCGCAAGACGAAGAAGUCGGGGAAAGCAAAGAGCUCUGAUGCCGCUGAAGAGUUCCCGUCUGCCGUGCUGGGGACAGGAGAGGAGAGCGAAGGCGACACAACUCCCAGGACGAUCCUGUCGAAGGAGGAAUGGAAUCAUUUCAACAUUCUCCUCUCCAACGCCGUCAAGUCGAUGCAGUCUCGAUGGAACUCACAGAUGACAACAGCAGACAACAAGCUUGACAACCUUAAAAUCAAAGUCCAAUCGCUACAGAAUCGCACAAGACUUGUUGCACGAGGCGACUGGCUGGAACCCAAGAGGAAGGAGGUCGAGGCGAUUGAUCGUGAGUGUGAGGAGAAGCGCAAAGUCUCUUCAUCAUUGCAGGAGGAGAUCGAAGGGCUGCAGCGACAGGCGGAAGAGAAUCGUAGGGAGCUCGAGCUUCUGAAGAACCAAGAGGCUCUCAAGGACGAAUGGGACCGAAAGGUCCGAGAGGCUGUCGAGGAGGUGGAAGAGCUUCAGGACACCAAGAGUCGAUUGGAAGGAGAGAUCUCCGAGCUCGAGGAUCACAAGCAGGAGAUGGUCGACCAGGCUGAGUCGGACAAGGAGAGGAUCCGCCAGGACAUCACCAGCCUGAAAGCCUCGAAGAAGGAGGUUGAGAAUCAGAUGGUGGAGUUGGAGGAAUCGAUCCAGAGGAGGACCAAGGAGCUGGAGAUGUACGAGCAGAAGCUGCAGGACAUCGGGAGGAGAGAGCAAUCCGCGAUAUCCAAACAGACUGAGCUGGAGGAGAGGGAGAAGAGCGUGAUGGCCAAGGAAGCAGACCUGCAGAGCCGAGAGCAGUGGGUGUUACAGAAGGAAGGUGAACAGCGAGCGGCCAAAGGCAAGAAAUGAAGCAGAUGAUGAAGAAACAGAGAUGGAGGAGGAGAGAGGGGAGAAGAGGAAAGGAGAAAAGAAACUACUUGCAAGCAGAAUGGCACAAGAAAGGCGGUGUGCAUUGUUAACCUUCCUAUCUUGAUUCAUUUAUCAUUAUUAAAGAGGAAACUUUUUCCAGC